ACUCGACGCCCAUUGGUCGUGACGAAAUCGACUUCCUCGACAAAAUACGGCACGUUUUUUUUGGGCCAUUCGAAUAUCCUUAUUCUAUAUAUCCUUGCUCUGGACAUAACGAUUUUAGUUUCUCUAUGUCUCUGGGUUCAAGUUACUUCAUAAAAAGUACGGUUAUAUAUUCUUAACCUCUAUCUCUGUUAAAAAAUACUGAGGAAAAAAAAUCACGUUUUAUCUUAUUAUUUAAAACAGUGAUUUCAAAUUUUAUUAAAAAUGGUCGAGCAACAGCGCCAGCGGAUCGAACAAGAAAUGACCAAAAUGAUUAACGAAUUAGACUUGCAAUAUUUGAGAAAAAUGCAGGCAGAUAUGCAUAGAUGUGCGGCGACAUGUUGUGAUAAUAAGGUAGUUUCUUUAGAAGGAGUUCAAAAAUGCGUAGAAAACUGUUCAGUAUCAUUAUCUUGGGCUCAAAAUUAUGUUCAAAGAGAGCUUGAGGGUUUGCAGAAUAAACUACAGAGAUGCGUUAUGGAUUGUAAUGAUGAGGUUAAAGUCAAAAUAGGUCCUAAUCCUAAAGAGUCAGAGAUGGAUAAAUUUGCAAAAAUUUUUGAAGACUGCGCAACAAAAUGUGUAGACAAACAAAUCAACUACAUGCCAUCUUUACUUAAAAGAAUUAAAGCAGAUCUAUCAAAAGGUAACAACAGUUAAUGAAGAAAAAUCGAUCUCCUUAUAAUUGUGAUAAUUUUCCAAUUUGUUCCUGGUUUUUGGAAUUUUGUUAGAACUAUUUUUUAAUACAUAGAGUACAUAAGUAGUUAAGCAUGUUUAAUAGCUAUUGUUUUUUAACAAAUUAUUAUAAAAGUAACUUUCAGAUUAUAUUUUAUAAAAUGUU